CAUCAAGCGCUGCGCGCUUUGGCAACAACGGACUCGUUUUUAAACAGUUUGCCACGUUUUGUCGACGGCGGUGUUUUUGAGGACUUCCUCACAGGCGGGUCGCUGGUCGCCAUGACGCCGCCCCCGCGGUCCGUUGGAGGAAAGGGAAGAGGAGGAAGCUGAUGGCAACACUGGUGACGACUUCCGGUUAGCUGCGGGAUCCGAGACGAAGAGGCGAAGAUGCCGCGGAGGAAACAAUCCAACCCCCAGCCGGUGAAAUUGGAGUUGGAGGACGGGGCGGUGCUGUGCGACCCGAGCUGUUUGGUUCUGGAGAGCGACUUCCUGCUGAGCGGCGAGCUGGAGUUUGGAGACGCUGACAUCAUGGGGCUGGAGAGCGAGUCGGGGAUGGCGGUGUUCUCUCUGAGCGGAGACGACGACGACCCUUCAGCACCGACAGGCUCCACCUUCCCCGCCUUCCUGUCCUGUAAAGGAUGCGGCCGCCUCCUGGGGGACCCGGCUCUGGGAGCGGGUCUCGAUCUGGGUGUGGGCCUGGACCUGGGGGCGGAGCUCUACUGUCUCACCUGUGAGGAGGGCCUCCAGCACGACGACUCGCCUCAGGCGGAGGAGGGCUCGCCGGAGGCGGGCGAGGAGAAGCCGGACGACGCCCCCCCCAAAGCGUUCUCCUGCUCGCUGUGCGCCUUCACCUCGCGCUACUCCAACCACCUGAAGCGCCACAUGAGGACCCACGACGGCCACAAGCCCAGCUGCCCCGCCUGCCCCUACGCCUCGGCGCAGCUGGUCAACCUGCAGCGCCACGCCCGCACGCACACCGGGGAGAAGCCGCACCGCUGCCCCCAGUGCAGCUACGCCUGCAGUUCCCUCGGCAACCUGCGGAGGCACCAGCGCAUGCACACGCAGGAGAGGCCGCAGAGGAGGGAGAAGGAGAAGCGACGAGGGAGGAGGAAAAAAGGGAGCGCCGCAAGCGGAGAAGUGGUAUCAGACCUGACCCUCAGGGUGACCCAGGACUCCGGGUUCUUCCAGACGUUGGGGGGCCUGGGCUCCCCCUCCGCCCCGCUGCCCGUGCUCCUCUUCCCCCUCUGCUGCCGCAUGUGUGGCCUGGAGGAGGACGACCUGGAGGGGGACGGAGACGCAGGACAGGUGUGUCGGCGUUGCUCAAUGGACCUGCGGUCCAAAGACGGGCCCGGGUCUCCGUGCAGCCCGCCCGUGUCGCGGGGCUCCCGUCGGGGGCCUCGCGGCGCCAAGCUGUACCGCUGCCCCCGCUGCCCCUUCCUGUCCCGCUACCCCAACCACCUGGCCCGCCACGCCCACACCCACUCGGAGGAGAAACCCCACCGCUGCCCUCACUGCCCCUACACCUCCUCGCACCUCGACAACCUCAAGCGCCACCUGCGCGUGCACACGGGUGAGAAGCCCUACCAGUGCCCGGCGUGCAGCUACGCCUGCGGGAACCUCGCCAACCUGCGGCGGCACGAGCGCAUCCACUCGGGCGCCAAGCCCUUCCACUGCGGCGUGUGCGGCUACUCCUGCAACCAGAGCAUGAACCUGAAGAGGCACAUGCUGCGGCACACGGGCGAGAAGCCGUACGCCUGCGCCGAGUGCGACUACACCACCGGCCACUGGGACAACUACAAGCGGCACCAGAGGAAGCACGGCCACGACACGGACAGCUGGGACAAGCACGCCCCCGCCAACGGCCUCAGCUGGAGCCGAGAGGCCCCGGAGGGCCAGGAGCACCACUAGUGUGUGUGUGUGUGAGGGGGGAGGUAGGUAUACACUGGUGAACCUCCAGCUCAGGUUGGACUCAAACUCAGGUGCCUUGACGGACGCUGCACUGACUUUAUAAUACACGGGGGCAUUAAUGUGUGUGUGUGUGAAUGAAACACACACACACACACUGAAUCACUUUUCAGACCACAUACAUCUCUUCUGUCACCAUGUGACUUUUUCUACCAGACAAACGGAUUUCUAAAACGUUUGUUCUUUUGUUUUUCUUGGACAGAUGCUCUAUAUUUUUUUAUCGUAACUUCUCACGCUUUGCGGUCCUCCGGGUGUUUUGGUUCAGUCCGGUUGAAGAGUGGACUCUUCCGGUUCUCUGCGGGCUUCCUGUGUAGCCGGACUAACGUGGACUCACUGCAGAUUAUUUAUGACGGGUGAUGUUCAAAAAGAGAUUUAUUAAAGAGUUUAUUCAGUGGUGAAGAAAAGCAGAAACACUGAAUGUGUUCGUGGUGUUAUGAGGUGUUGGGAAUAAAAACAUUCUGAUUAUAUUCUCAAACAUCGUGGCCUCUGUUAUAAUUUUUUUAAUUAAAAUUCUGAUUUUAUUCUCAUGUUUAAAAAAAUAUAUUAAAAUACAGAAUUUAUGAUCAAAUAUUGUGGUUUUUAAAUAGAGUAAUUCUGACUUCAUUCUCAAACAUUGUGGUUUAUUAAUAUUUAAAUUAUGACUAAUCUUUUUUAUAUUAACAUUACAACUCCAACCAAAAUCUUAUUUUUCUUUUACUAGAUAAUUUGUUGUUUGAAACAUGAAAAAAAGAUCCAUAUUUUAAUUGUUAUCCUUCAGUGUUAUAGCUUAUUGUUUGAGUUACAUGCUGAAAGUGAAGCAACAUAUUUAAUUACUGAAACACUCGUGGCAGUGAAAUCAUCCUGUUUACCUCUCGUUUGAGUUAAGUUCACGUAAACCGGAUCAAGCCAACGGAUCACAACAUUUUUAUCGUCACAUGUUUGUCAAAUCUCCACUUUGCUAAUAAAGUUAUUUGAAGACGCUUA